AUGACAAAAUUCGAUGAGGUUGCGUCGUGCAACGAGAGAACGCAUCGGGAGAAAACGGAGGAGCCCAUCAGAGAUUCCUCAUUAGUCAUUCCGCUCAUUACUCAAGUCGAUUAUGUAUGCUAUUCCCUCUUAGGCUUUGAUCCUUUGAGGACCCUUAUGUAUGGCGACGUCAUCGAAGCGCCUCAGCCAUUAUCGAUGAACGCUGUUAGGAUGCUUGACGCCCCUCCCUGGCUGCUUUGA